GCCCAACUGGGAGUCCAAGCCCACAGCCUCGUUGCCGAAUUUUGCCACCUCCCCGUCGCGGCGGCGACAGAGGCAGCGAUCACCCCCACCGGCGACCACCGCCGGCUGCGCCGCCGCCGCUCCGGUGUUCCACCCCCAUUCUCUCCCCUCGUUUGCCCAUCUCCAAGGGACCCGCCGCACAGGCAGAGACUGCGCCUUGACGCCGCGAAACGGAACCCUCGCUGCAAGGGCACGUGGCCUCCUGCUGCUCGGCGCUCUCGCGCCGCCGGGCGAUUGUGGGUGGCGCCGGAUUUCUCUUCGCCUCCUCGUAUGCCGGCGCGACUGUGUUCGGGCUGGCUCAGCGUGGCCGCUCGUCUCCCUCCCCUUUGCAUCCCCACUCCUCUCCGGCCUCCAUUGCCACUCCCAGGAGGAUAGUAGAUCGGUCGCUUUGGCUUCCGAGUCUCAUCUCGGGCCAGCCGCGCUGGUCUCCUCAGCGAGUGAACUCCCCUCAUGCCUCGCGGCCCCAAUCCGAAUGCUCUCGCUGUUACCGGAGGUGGGGUGCAGGAGGCAUAUUGUGCCGCCGAUCGAACAACAAUGACGGUUGCGUACUGGAACAGAAUAUCUCACAGCUUUCCACUGGUUGGUGGGUCGGCAUGACUGUUUCUACCACCAGAUAUGAAGCUGGCAAGCAGAACUGCAGUAGUCUGAACUGGAAACUGAUUGAAGUUAAUGACAAUUUAUGCUGUGUCUUUUGGCUCUCCAAUGCUAUGAAGAUACAAUAAAUUAUGGUACAGAGUGGAUGGGCUGCCAGGAAGAUAAUGGUCCAGCAGGCAGCAGCAAGGUUAAAUCAGAACAUGAGUUCUUAAUUCAGAUUACCUCUGAGCAAUGCUGUCAGAGGUACUUAUCGUCUUAUGGAUUUUAAUCAUCAGUCGAGAAAAUGACACUGGUGGGAACUGAAUUUGGAGUUUUGGACUGCUACAGGAGAAAUACGAACUUUAUGUCUUAUGGAUUGAACAGCAGGAACUGUCUACAAUGGAAACAGAUAAAGUUUUCUGCCCUGGUUAUAUUAUCAUCAUAAUAUUUCUUCAGGUAUUCAGAUUUCUUUCCUUGUCUGGGUACAAGAAGAUUCUUGUGGAAGGUACUAUACUUGAACAAGGGCUUACUUUUUGGGCUUUCAAAAGUUGGGAGGCUAAGGGUGGCCUAUCCUUUCGGCUACACUGUUCUGUUUUCUUUUCUUUUGAUUCCUCUUCACCUAUAAUCAGAACCGACACUGCAUUCAGCUCUGCAACCUUUGUGAUUAAAUAACUUUUGUGAAAUGCUUUUGAAUGGAAUAUAUCUCAGCAUAUCUUAAUUCUAACUAUUUCCGUAUCCAGGUUGAAGUACUUUGCUUGCCUCUGGCAGAGGCCACUGAUCUAUCCGUGGAUGACAAUGUGGGCACUCAAGGUGACCAGCUUAGUAGCUUACUGUCGGCCAGCAGGCUGCAUCCAUCACAUCGGUUACCGAGCAUGGCAUCCACUCUUAAACACCCAGAACGGAAGAAUGUACAGGUAAACUUGAGCUCAGCAUUGUGCUUCUCAGUUGAGAGACAGUUAAUCAGCUCCUUGACAAAGUAUUAGUACUAUAGUACAUGGAUUAGCUGCUAAUCAUGCAGGGCACACGCAUCGAGGCAGGGCCCCCGGCAAAAUCUACAUGGGGGCGCGUGUGUGAACGUGACGUAAACCGUCAAAGGGAAGGGGGGGAGGCUGCCAGGGGCAAAAAAGCGCGCGAAUCGAGUACCAACCUUGGGCCCCUCACUCUUUCCAACGAGAGCUGACUAGGCACAGCCAUGGUGGCCCCACAAAGCAACCAAUGGCAUCUCUCCAUCUCUGGAGCUACAGGGCCUCACUUUAUUGGCAGCCAAAGACAAGGAGAGAAGAUUGGGAUAUUUCUCUAUUCACCGCUAAAGCUAACUGACACAAGACAACAGAAAGCAAAAGCACCCAAGGUGAGAGAGAGAGACAUAGAGAGCGAGAGAGCUGUACAUGGAGGAGUAGUAGCUUCUUGAGAAAGUUGGCAAGAAUCCAAACAUAUACAUAAAAUACUCUCGGAAAACUUGCUAUAAAGCACACUCCCUCCCGCAGCCCCUUUCCCUCCCUCUCUUGUUCUUCCUCUCUCAUGUGCCAUUAGCCAAUAGCAUCAAGGUUUUUGUACAUUGUAGCUGAUUAUAAUUCAUUCAUAUAGCUAUUCAAACAAGUUCGGUGGCUGUCCACAUUUUAGCUUUGGAUAGCCGGCUUGCCAGCUGCCUGCCUAGCUCUAAGCAUCUCUUGCUGUUGGAGUUUUGAGAGGAAGGCUAGAGGAAGCAUAUGGCGCCCGUGAGUUUGCCUCCAGGUUUCAGGUUCCACCCCACCGAUGAAGAACUAAUCAUCUACUACCUUAAGCGGAAGAUCAACGGAAGACAGAUAGAACUCGAAAUCAUUCCAGAGGUUGAUCUUUACAAGUGUGAGCCUUGGGAUCUGCCUGAAAAAUCCUUUCUUCCGAGUAAAGAUCUCGAAUGGUACUUCUUCAGCCCUAGAGACCGCAAGUACCCAAAUGGAUCAAGGACGAACCGUGCAACAAAAGCCGGAUACUGGAAGGCAACUGGGAAAGAUCGAAAAGUGAACUCACAGAGGCGUGCAGUUGGUAUGAAGAAGACUCUUGUGUACUACCGUGGUCGAGCUCCACAUGGUUCUCGCACCGAUUGGGUCAUGCACGAGUACCGCCUCGAUGAGAGGGAAUGCGAGACUGACACUGGCUUACAGGAUGCAUAUGCUUUAUGCCGGGUGUUCAAGAAGACAGCGCCCGGGCCAAAGAUCAUAGAGCAUUAUGGUGUGGUGCACCACCAUGUCGAGCAACCUCAAUGGAUGACGAGCAGUAUCGAUCGCUCCCCAACGUUGGACGUGUCGUGUGAUGGAAGAGGUGAUGACUUUGAGAGCAGCAGCUUCUCUUUCCCAACAGAGACGCCAAUGGACUCCAUGCACGGUGGGUUUGGAAUGCAGAUGAGUGCACCUCACGAGGAUGGCAAAUGGAUGCAGUUUCUGAGUGAAGAUGCCUUCAACGCCACCAAUCCAUUCUUGACGAACCCAGUUUCUGCCAACUUCUCAUGCCUUCCAUCCAAGGUGGAUGUUGCACUGGAAUGUGCGAGGCUGCAGCACAGGCUCACCUUGCCUCCCUUGGAGGUGGAGGAUUUCCCACAGGACGUCAGCCUUGACACGAAGAUUGGCAUACUUCGCAGUAACCCCAACGAAGUUGACAUUCUCCAAGAAUUCCUGUCAGUUGCGACUGCCUCUCAGGAGCUAAUUAAUGGCUCCACCAGUAGCUACCCUGAAAUGUGGUUAGGAGCUAGCACAAGCAGUGCUAGCUACGUCAAUGAACUGUCCUCUCUAGUUGAGAUGGGCGGCGUUGGCACUUCUAACCACCACGAAUCCGCAAGGCUACAGGUCGAGAUCGCUGACAUGGAGGUGUUCAAGGACGAGAAGAAGCGGGUGGAGAACCUUAGAGGAGUCAAGUUGGUGAACAAUGACCUUGGGGAGAUUGUUGUAGAAGGAGAUGAAAGCAAUCCAACAGAAGACAUCAUCGCGCAGUACCCUAUAAAAGUCACUGCAGAUAAUUCAGGAGAAGCCGGUCAUCGCAUGACCGAUCCCACUGACGUAGGCGGCAUCGACACUGCCCCGAUCUUCUCGCAAUCUCAACCUGACGACUUUGCUGCUGGUUUCGACGACGUCAACCCUAAUGCAUCUUUCGAUCUGUACGAGAAGGUUGACGUCAACCACAGGCUAUUCGUUUCAAGGGUCGCUGCGGCGAAGACAUUCUUCCACCGCAUUGAGCCAUCGAAGAAGGUCAGCUUCCACUCGAACCCGGCAGCAACCGCCGUCAGUAAGGCGACCGAGAAGUUCCAUUUCCCCGUUACGACCAAAGUUAGUGGUAGGGUUUCCAUUUUUAGCAAGUUCAAGGCACUCAUAAGGGACAAGUUCUUGAUGAUGAGGCCAUCACAUUCAUACCAAAGGUUGGGCAGCAAAGAAACCACAGUGAAUGAGCUGCUGCAGAUUGUGUCACUCCUUUUAGCACCGAAGCAAAUCAAUGGCUGCCCUACUGAGCAAGAGCUGGUCAAGAAGAAGGCGAAAGAAGUGAUGAAGCCGGGAUGGGGUCGUGAAGGGAGCAACAAAUUGUGGCUUCCGCUCUCCAAAGGGAAGGGCAUUUCCAGCAUGUUUUUGAGUGGGAAAUGGACGUUUCUAACCUCCGCGUUGGCCAUCAGCACUCCAGCUGAGUGCGAUCACUAAAAGGUCUUUUCCAUGACUGUCAAUUAAUGACACUACUGUUAUAUAAUCUGCUAUAACCUCAGUAGCGCGAGCCUAGCUAGUGCAUGAAGAGAAGGUUAACAUUAAUUAACUGUCUUCGUGUCUCUGUUAUUAACUGGUGUAUAACUGGAGAAUGUAUGUCAAUUAAUUAUUAUUUGUU